UACGAGGCCCAGGUGGUGCAGACAGACCACUGCUACACCCUCCCACAGGACACAGACGCCCUGCUGAGCGUCCGAUCAGAGAACCCGGAGUCUGAUGUCUUCAUAGAUGUCGAUGAUUUGGAUAUGGACAUGGAUGAUGGCUUCUCCCCAGAGCUGCCCUGCUCACUCACGAUUGACUCCACACAAAGCAGCAAACCAGACAGCCAGUUCCAGUUCAAAGAGAUUGUUUUGACUGAUGAGGAGAGGAGACUUCUGGCGAAAGAAGGUGCAACCAUUCCAGCUCAUAUGCCUCUUACAAAGGCAGAGGAACGGACCCUGAAGAGGGUGAGGAGAAAGAUCCGGAAUAAGCAGUCUGCUCAGGAGAGUCGCAAGAAGAAGAAAGUUUAUGUUGAUGGCCUAGAGAACAGGGUUGCGAUCUGCACUGCUCACAAUCAGGAAUUACAGAAGAAAGUUGAGAUGCUGCAGAAACAAAACAUGUCCCUUAUUGAACAGCUGAGAAAACUGCAGGCUAUGGUGAAAAUGUCCACGAUAAAAACCACCACGACUAGCACUUGUAUUAUGGUGUUCCUGCUUUCUUUCUGUCUGAUCAUUUUCCCCUCAGUCAAUCCUUUUGGCAGCAGCAAUCAGAAAGAUCUGUAUACGUCAUCUACAGGUGAGCACAAUGUUUGUCAUUGUUUCCAUAGGGUGCUGAGGAAUGUUGUCCUGCUUGUUUUCUGCCAU